AAAUCUCGAGUCAUUCUUCUCUCUCGCCUUCUCCUCGUUGUUUCUUGGUCUCUCUUCCGCUCUGAACUUAUCGUCCACAACCACAGCGACGCACUCACCAAGUGGGCCCCUGUUCGAAAUCUCAAGAAGAGGUGGAGGUGCGUAGGAAGGCCAGUCAUCCACGACGUUGACAAGUACCCAACAGCACAGACCUAACUUGAAGCGGGGUUGCAAAAGAAAAAGUAUAGAGUUUACUUCGACUGAAUCUUCAAAUUAACACGUUGUGAUUGGCAGCUUCGAAUUCACAAUCUACCGUCAACAUGAUUGUCACACUCAAGAAUUUACAACAGCAGUCAUUUACAAUUGAAGUAGAUGUAGAAGACACGGUGAAAUCGCUGAAGGAGAAGAUUGAAGCUACAAAGGGUUCAGAGUAUCCAGCAGAUGGACAAAAGCUGAUUUACUCUGGGAAGAUUUUGGCUGAUGAGAAGCCAUUGAAAGAAUACUCCAUUGAUGAGAACAAGUUCAUUGUGGUGAUGAUCACCAAACCAAAGGUUGCGUCUUCAUCAGUCCCCACUCCAGCCCCGGUGUCAACCCCUGCAACAGAGACGAGCACAGCCGCGAAGCCAGUGUCUACCCCAGCUGCUGCUGCUGUCACGACUGCGGCCACUCCCACCUCAGAGAGUGCACCACCUCCGGCGGCUGUAACCACGCCAAGUGCUGGAGCUACUGGGGGAGGUUUGUCAGUUUCGGGGCCAGAGUUUGAGAGGACUGUUGAGCAAAUUAUGCAAAUGGGUUAUGAAAAGGCUGAAGUGGAACGAGCUCUCCGUGCAUCGUUUAAUAAUCCCGAUCGAGCUGUUGAGUACCUUUUGAAUGGGAUUCCUCCUGAAUUGUCGCAGGAAGAAGCAGUAGCCAAUGUCGGUGCUCCUGUUGCCGCUAGUGGAGUUGGAAAUGAAAUAGGUGGUGAAAGUGGACCUCUGGGAUUUUUACGAUCUCAGCCUCAGUUUGAACAAAUGCGGCAAGUUGUGAGAGAAAAUCCACAGUUGUUAAAUGCCGUUUUACAGCAAAUAGGCCAAACCAAUCCAGCUCUUCUUCAAGUCAUUUCAGAAAACCAGGAGGAAUUCGUCCGGUUACUAAAUGAGGAUUCCCCGCCGUCGUCUUCGGGCUCAUCAACUGGUAGCGUUUCACGUGACCCAGCCAGUGGUGGUUUCCAGAUUGCAAUUACCCCUCAAGACAAAGAAGCUAUUGAAAGGUUGAAAUCACUAGGAUUCCCUGAGCACCUGGUUGUUCAAGCGUACUUUGCAUGUGAAAAGAAUGAAACACUUGCAGCGAACUUCCUUUUGUCUGGCGAUGAUGAUUGACUGACACAAAAUUCUUGCACACUGAAUCCAUCGUUUACCUAGCUUACGAGAUACCAUGAAAUAAUAAUAAUAUAACAGUACAUACAAACCAGUAAUUCUUACCUAAAAUGUCUCCGUAUCGGUUACGAACCUAGGGUUUGAUUGUUUGAAUACAUUAAAUAUUGGCUAGGAUUUGGAUUGCGAUCCAAACAAGAAAAAUAUAUAUUAUUAUUGUUAUCUAUAAUGUCAUGUUGUAAAUUAUUGGUUUUGAAAGUGCCACGUGAGCUCACGACCUGAAAAAAGUUUUAACUACGAUGUUUUGCUGUAAAUCAAACUAACAAUUUAUUCUUAUUAUUAUUUGGUGUAGUCCAAAUUGAGGACAAAGUGAUGAUCUAUUUGCUUUAUAUAUGAAAAAUAAACAUCAAAUCUAAAGCUCG